AGAGAGAGAGAGAGAGAGAUUGAGCAAAACGCACCGUUUCGCAUUUCUCCGAUCAGAAAAAUAGAAACCUGCAAAUGGAAGAGCAGCUUAUCCCGCCGCUGAAAUCGGAUCCCGAGUUCACAAGCGAGUUGACUCGCACCAUUAUCUCCAACUCGGCCUCGUCCGCCUCCGUUGCUCUCGGGACUCCUGUGCAUGCAGCACCGGGCAUACCCAUAGAGUGGACAAAUGAGAAGCAUAGAUCGUAUAUAAAUUCCCUAGAAACAUCAUUUGUUAAUAAGUUGUACCAGUCCAGGCGUUUGUGGGACUGCCAUCCACAAAUGUAUGUUCAGGGGGCACAUCCAUCACAAGAGUUGCCUUUCAGGACUUAUAAUUCUUCUGACCAGGUCCGGGAGUCAAAUCUGUUCAUGGUUGUUCGAGAUAGGCGUUCUCAGAAGAUCAUCUCUCUAAGGAAUGAAACUCCGCUGGAAAGCACUGCUGAUUCUAACGUUACUGUGGAAAGGCCCAGGAUGGAUAAUAUUGUGUCUUGUUAUAAGGAGAUCCACUUAAGAAGGAAACCGACCUCAGAACACUUGGGUGUAACCGCAAGAAGUUCCGAGAAGAACCCUGCAUUUCGUCAGGAUUUAGUUGGCAGUACUGCAGAAGUUUCGGGUCAGAACUUUGUGGAGGAGGACCAUAGAGGGAAGCCAAGCUGUGAAUUCAUACCAAAAAGGCUUAGAAGGGCAGCCGAUACUUCCAGCAACGAUCAACUUGUGCCAUUGGGAUAUGAUACAAAAGAGGUUUCAAUGGCCCAUAACGCUCCCUCCAAAGGAGAAGAACAAGAGCAUCAUCAAUUGCUAUUGGAACACCAUGAGAGCUUCAUCUGUCCAAAAUCUAUCUUUACUGUUUCUUAGUGGGCAGCUUGGUUGCAAGUUGCAACUCAGUACUGGAGUUUAAGUAGAUACUGAUAGAUUGAAACAAACUGGAGAUAAUCUUAUUCUUUCCAUUCUCUGCUAUUUGCGGUAAUGCUAUCGAAAGACUAGGAAAUAUAUAUGUAUCUGUUAUGAUCCAAGUAUGGUGGUGGGUGGAUGGAUGGAUGGAUAUAGGGAGUAGGUUUAGUUGAUAAAUAGUAGUAGCUUUAGGUUUCUCGGUCAUUUGCCAUCACCUCACCAGUUUUGUUGUUGUUUGUGCAUUUCAAGUUGAAGUGCGCUGUUUAAAGAAAAUGUAGAAGGUAUGUAGUAG